AUGGGCAAACUCGCGCCAGCGGACCCGCGCACGUACCUGCCCUCGCGCGCGCACCCGCAGCACCGCUCCGCGCGCAAGGAGCUCGAGCGGCGGCAGCCGGGCUUCGACUGGACGCCGCCGCUGGUGCUCGGGCUGAUCGGGGUCGGGCUGGCCUGGGACAUCGAGAAGCAGGUGCGGCGGGCCGAGGAGCGGCACGCGCGCGAGGAGGAGCAAGAGCGCGAGCGCGAGCGCGAGCGCGAUGGUGGCGGCCGCAACAACAGCCGCCGCCGCCGCCGCCGCCACAGCACGAGUGCCGGCCGGCAGCAGCAGCAGCAGCAGCAGCGGCGCGAGGGCGCCGCGUCGCUGUCGGCCCUGCGCGCUGCCGAGGAGGGCAGCGCGGACCCCGCCGCCGAGUCUGCGCCGUGGCGCCGGAGGAGCCGCCGCCGCCACGCGUCCGCCGCCGGGGACCGGGGUGACGGGUGCGCCUGCGACGCCGCGCGCAGGUGCCCCCGGCAUGCGGGCGCGUCGCCGCACGCGAGCGGGGCCGACGGCAGGGGACGGGAGUACGGCGGGUCUGGGCGCGGAGAGGGGUGGGAAUACGGCGGGUCUGGGCACGGAGAGGGGUGGGAAUACGGCGGGCCUGGGCACGGAGAGGGGAGGGCGAGGAGCAGAGGGCGAGAGCGGCGGGGUUCGCCGUAG